CUUCCACAACCUCAACCUCUUCCACAUUCCCCAUGCCUUUCUCUUUUCCUUUCUUGACAACACCACCAAAAAAUCUAGGUUAUCCGUUGUUCCGAAGACGAAUCAAUACUGUUUACUCGGUCUGUCAAGAUGACGGACCCGACGAGCAUCUUCAUCAUCGAUAACGGAGCCUAUACCAUCAAGGCAAACUAUUCGCCCUAUAACGACCCUUAUGGCCUGUACACUGCUCAACUCGAAGCCGAAGCCGGGCCGUCCGGCGGUAGACCGAAGAAGAAAUCUAGCAAAAAAGCUAAGCGGGGAAAGAAGAGCAACAAUCUCAAGGUCAAGGAAGAUGAUGCCGGCGAGAAUAGCAUGCAAGUGGACGAAGUUCAACCGGUGGACCCGUACGAACCGAGGGUGUUCCAGAACUGUCUAGUCAAGACUCGGGAUAAGAAAGUCUAUUAUGGCGCGGAUAUCGAGGAUUUGCAGGAUCAUGGCGGGUUGGUUUAUCGCCGGCCGUUCGAGAAGGGCCUACUGACCUCCUGGAACCCCGAAAACCUGAUCUUCAACGACAUCUUCACCCGUUUCCCCAACUUUGACGCGACGACGACCUCGCUGCUAGUCACCGAACCUUACCUGAACCCGCCGGCCUUGGGGGAGAAUUACGAUCAGAUGAUCUUCGAAGAAUGGGAGUUUGCGAGUUAUGCCAGGAGUUGCGCGGCCGCACUCGUCCCUUACGGCGGUCUCUUCGAGAUUCCCGGAUCGCCCAACGCGCCUUGCUCGAUCUUGGUCGAUGUGGGGUAUUCUUAUUCGCACGUCACGCCUGUUGUUGAUGGCAAGGUCGUCUGGAGCGGGAUUCGAAGGAUCGACGUCGGCGGUAAACUGCUGACCAACCAGUUGAAGAGGUUGUUGUCUUUCCGGCAAUGGGACCUCAUGGCCGAGACGCAUAUCGUCAACCGGAUCAGGGAAGAGUGUUGUUACGUCACGAACGAUUGGAAGAAGGAUCUCGAGCGGGCUAGACUCCCAACGAAACAGAACCCGAUCGUCCAGGAAUAUUGCCUCCCAGACUUUACCCCAUCCAACCCGAGAGGCUACAUCAAGUCGGGUCCUAAUGCUGUGCCACCGCCAGAACAAGCCGAAGGUACAGCCGCGACAGGUGAAGAGCAUGUGGUCAACAUGAGCAACGAGAGAUUUUCCGUUCCCGAGGUUCUGUUCAAUCCCGGCGACAUCGGUUUGCAACAAGCCGGCCUGGUCGAGACGGUGGCUCAAGUAAUCGAGAGCAUGCCUGAAGACAUCCAAGGGAUGUUGUGGGCCAACAUCGGGCUGUUCGGAGGACUGGCCAGCACGGAAGGGUUUGGCGAACGAUUGGAAAAUGAUCUCAGGGCUGUCUGUCCGGCAGAGUACGAGCUUGGGAUCUUCGAGGCGGAAGACCCCACCAAACCAGUCUUUUACGGAGCCCAGGCCCUGACCCUCCGUCCAGACUACCUAUCCACCUUCCCGAUCACUCGUCAAGAAUACAUGGAAAACGGUAGCGAGCGCUGUCGCCGUCGUUUCAUCUCGACCGGUUUGAUCCCCGAUAUCGGCAACGAGAACGUCGUCCUCCGUCGGACGCACGCCGAGGGGCACAAUAACGAGGAAGAAGCUAGGGCGAGGAGUAAACGGAUGGGUGGGGGCCACAAGGGGAAGAAGAGGAGGUUGUUCGGCGCGGCGGAUUCUGAUGACGCGUUGAGUGGGGAAGAGGAGGUGGAUGUGCGGAUCCCCGCAUUCAAGACGUAGGCGCCGGUAGUCUCCACA